ACCCAUGGCAGGUAUGUGGUAUCGUAAGUCUUGUCUCAGCUUGAAACUUUGGACAAUAAUACUUGAAAGCGGAGCUCAUCGUCUUUUUCCGGCGGGUCCUUUUGGCAACCGGCUCGAAUGUGACGUUUUCAGCACACUGAGCAACGGGAUCUGUUUGAUCUACAGAGACCCGUGGGGAUUCUUCAGAGUGCGUUGUCGCGAAAUAUCUUGCUUGGUCAGCCACUUGGGCGUGUUGUACUUGUGAGGCGGGCCAUGGAAUGGGACUAUCGUGAUAGUUGUUAGGGUAUACGGAGUAUUCGAAGAGCUCGCCCACUGAAUAACCUUGGGUGCUGCUCAUAAAGGAAGGAGGACUC